GUCCUCACGGGUGACGCCGCAUCUGUAUUUGGAUUCUUUGUUGAGAAUAAAUGUAGAUGUCUAUGGACCGCAGCAACCACUUACCAUCAGGUGGACUGUGUGCUCGUUUGUCACCCUUAUCCUAUAAAAAAAUAGCAAUAGGGCGAUAACUUAAUGCUGAAGAAUGGUCUUUACCAGGUUUUAAAAUGAGUAUAAUAAUAUGUGUUUUCCAGUCAUCUGGAAUAGAACCGGUUGUAAAAGUAAUGCUUAACACCAACUGCUAACACGUAGUACCCAUAUUACCAAGAAAUGAGUAGGGGAUACCAUCAAUGCCAGGAGUGGAAUCCUUUAGGUGCUUAAGCACUUACUGCAUGUCAACUAUUGAAAAUGGUUCAUUAAGGUCAUUAAAAGAGUUAGAUGAGUUAGGAUGAAAUGAUUUGGAGGUAGGAAAUAUCUCUUCUUCUAAUGGAACCCAGGGGGAGUCAGUCUGAUAUAUUAGAUUAAAAUAACCGUUCUGUUGCCGUUCGUUUUGUAAUAAUUAAGGAGCAAUCUGCAUACCACCAUGGUGGUGAAGAAAUUAUUUUUGUGGAGGAAUUCUUCAAAGGGAAAAUUUAGCAGGCUAUAUUAUUCCAAAGGGUUAUAAACUGGGAGUAGACACAGAAGUAUAUCUGGAGAUACUGGGGAUAGGUCAGCUCCAGUUGAGAGGGGGCGUGGGGGAGGGCAAUGUGGGCGGAACCGCCCAGGGCGCCAGGGCUUACAGGGCGCCAUACGCGCCAGCUUAACUUCACCACUUCAUUUAAUUCUACUAACUAUCUCUGUCAAUCUAAAGAAAAAAUAAAUGCAGCGUAGAUUAACUUUCACGAACUUAUCUCGUCAGAGUGUCAUUUAUGAUCAUGAGUAUUCACAUUCAACAUAUCAUUUUGUCACUUGUCGUAUCUCUCAUUUACCAAUAUAGAACGAGAGAGACACACUGAGCAACAAGCGAGAAAUUAUAACUCGUAUUAGGUUAUCUGUAUUAUAUUAUAUUUUCUUCGCCAUCUACAUACUGUUAAGUUUAUAAACAAAUUAAAAAAAUAAAAGCCAGUCGGCAGCCGAACUGGAAGUAGAUGUUUUAUUAUUAUUAUGAAGAUUUAGAGGCCAUACGUCAAGACAUUUCAUCUUUGUUACGUCGAAGCUCAGCGGCGAAAUCAAAAUCUUCCCAAAGAUGAAUUUAUUGCACUGAAAAACUUACGCAACAGACCAGAUCUCACGAUUCUCCGCGCAGAUAAAGGUAAUGCUACGGUUAUAAUGGAUACGUCGGAUUACAAUUUUAAAAUACAACAACUUUUAUCGGAUGAAAGUACGUACGUAAAAGUUCAAAACAGACACUACAACUAAUGCACUUAAAACAACUAGCGAUCUAAUAAAGAAAUACUCCGAGAAACUGAAUCUAGGCGUUAAUUCGAUAAUACCUACGUGUGCCAAACCGCCGAAGUUGUAUGGGUUACCAAAAAUACACAAACCGAAAGCUCUAUUACGUCCAAUAGUGAAUCAGAUCGAUUCGCCAACUUACAGAUUGGCUCAACACCCAGCAAAAGUACUAUCACCACUCAGAGGACACACAAGAGCACACACUAAGGAUUCAUACCAUUUUGUCAGUGAGAUAAAAGACCUAUGUCUUACUGCCAAUGAAACUAUGGUCAGUUUUGAUGUUCAGUCUCUAUUUACAUGCCUACCUGUUGAAGACUGCAUCUCAAUUGUAACUAGGAAACUAGAGGAAAACAACAUGCCAGCAAACUAUGCAGUAUUACUCAGACAUUGCAUUACAUCUGGCUAUCUAUUGUGGAAGGAAGAGUUUUACAAGCAAGUAGAUGGUGUUGCGAUGGGCUCACCGGUAUCUCCUAUUGUCGCCGAUAUUUUCAUGGAGGAGAAAGCCAGUAACUCCAGGGUUCUACAAGCGAGAGCACGAGGGAUCUGUGACAGCAAACACCUGACCGCCGAGCUUCAGCACGUCAAGCAGGUUCUGCACGACAAGAAGCUUCAGGUUCCGCGCCUACGUCACAGUGACCGAGUGAAGCCAGCCACAGUCGAGCGUGUGCCUGCUGUACUACCAUAUGUCAGAGGUGUCACAGACAAGAUUGGCUACAUCUUGAAGCGAGCUUCUAUUAGAACAUUCUUCAAGCCGCCGAAGAAGAUUAGUCAGUUCUCACCAUCCGUCAAGUGCAAUAUUCCUCUAUAAGAUGCAGGAGUGUACAAGCUUGAUUGUGAAUGUGGUCUCUCAUAUAUAGGGCAAAGAAAAUAAUCAAUAAAAAUCCGCGUAAAAGAACACAUAGCUGACGUGAAGCACCAACGUUCCGGGAAGUCUGCAGUUUGUGAUCAUAUCCUAGACGGCCCCCGCCAUUACAUCUGAUUUGAUAAAUCACAAAUUCUCACGAAAGAACAUCGAUUCCUGCCAAUAAUGAUACGUGAGGCUAUUGAAAUUAAAUAACAUCUUAAUUUUAAUAGAGAGGGAGGCUGGGUACUACCACCUGCUUGGGAUCCUGUAAUUAAUAAAAUUAAAACUAAACCCAAGCACACCACUGCAAGACUUCAAGAUACAGUAAGUUCAUUCUGCGUAGAUAGGACCAAAAUUAAUAAUUAAAAAAGCUGAAGGUACUCGGGGUUCACCAUGACAUCGGUAUGUCAAUCACCUGAGUCCCCCGUGACCAUGGGUGCUGGAAAGCACCCGAAACGUCGGGAAUUAAUAAAAAUAAGCAAAAUAAGUUAAUUAAACGCGAUAAAAUCC